UAAACAUUAUUACUUAUGUGAAUCGUUGAUUUUUGUCCCAUGAUACGAAUACGAUUUACUUUCGAGCGACGGAGCUGUGAGAAUCUUAUGCCGAUUUAAAAUACCGAUAGAAGCAAAACUCGUCUAUCCUUUCGAUGAGUAUAUUUGUUGAACUUAAGUUACAGUUACAAAUUCAAAUCACUAUCAUCAAAUUUCAGGUUAUGGGUUAGAAAAAUUUAAAUUUCAAAAACAGUUAUGAAAGUAGCUGAGAUAUAUCGGUUUUCUUUUCUUUGAGAAUUAAACUAAUGAAGUUCCUGCUCACACUGUUGAAGAUUUACAUCUUUAUUAUUUCUACUCAUUUAUUGACAUUUCAUUAGUUAUAUAAAUUUGUCAUUUUGACCUUUAGGCCUAUUAGGCCACUUAUUUUAUUAAAGAAAUAAUGCCAAGACGCAGGAGGAAUAGAAAAAAUCGGAAACGGCAAGCAAAACAUUCUGAAAAUGAUGUAAUGAAGACAGUAGUCCAAGUAUCUCCGGGUUAUGACCUAAAAGAUGUUAAUGAUUCUCUAGAGAGUAAAGCUGAAAACCUUGAAGUUAUAGACCAGUUAAGAACACCAAGCCCACAGAAUUUUUUUCCAGAAAAUGAUAUAUUAAUUAAAACUACACCUGUUAACAGAAAUCGAUCAAAUAGAGAUAGAAAAUCCAUGUAUGAAUCGUUCAAUAUAACGAAUCUCAAUAUUUUGUUCCAGUCUGAUUUCAAUUUCAGUGGUAUAAAGUCUGGAAGUGAUGUCUGUUUAAAUAAAAGUGAUGUUUCGCCAAUCAAACGGUCUCAAUCUAGUAGUCCAAAACUGCUUUCAUCGUAUGAAACAAAUCCUGUAAGGGUCAACCAGAGUACACAGACCAAUACAAAUUUUGAUACUUUUCUCAAGAAUUGCAAUGAAAUUAUUGAAACUCCUAAAAUGAGCAGAGUCUACCUCUUAGAGGAGACUCCCAUAGAAAAGCCUUUUCCCAUUUUCAAGUUGAAAACCGAAGCUAACAAAAGUAAAAAGAAUGUUAUUUAUGGGAAUGAGGUUAAUAUCAAUCCAUAUUUGAAAAAAGAAUUCAAUUUGAUGAGGCAAGAAGGUAUCCAUAGAGAAUCUUCAUUUUUCUCCCCCAUAUCACAGAUCAGAUCUUCGUCAACUCCUAUAGAAAUAUUAAGAAAUGCUACUGCCGAUAAUGUUGUGGAUUGCAGUUUUAAUAUUGGUAAACUCAAUAAUCAGGCCAGCCCAAUAACUCCUAAAUUUGAAGCCAGUGUUAAUCUGAACAACUUUCCUGUUUCUGACAAAGUGAAAAACAAAGAAGACAGUAUAAGGAGUCUUCGAUUGCACACAUUUAAUGUGUCAAGAAGAAAAAGUUACAAUUCACAUUUGAAAUCGCCAACAUCGCGAAUAAAUGGCAGUUCCAAAAUAUCUAAUAGGAGUCGCCAAUUAUCAUAUUCUAUACUUGAUAUAAGUCAAAGGUCUUUAGUUGAUAUUACUUCAAGGCCUUCAAAUCGAAUGGGAACCUGCCAAAAGGUUUUUAUGAGAUUAAAAAAAUACUGCGAGGCCUCUCAGAACUGGUCGACUAAAAUUUUUGAAACUUGUGCUCAGUUAGGACUUCAACUGAAAAACAGUUUGAGUUCGCUGUGUACCAAUGAUCAUUUCAAUUCAAUAAAUAAAUGUGGCGAGGAAGCUCGUUGUAGAUGUGAAGAGUACAGACAGGAAAUCUGUAAUCUUAAUGUGAAAAUUAAUGAGUUAUCUGAAGAAAUGAAGUUUGUCAAAUCCCAAAUUGACAUACAAAAAAACUACAAAACAAAUAUCGAACAUCUCAAUGACGAACUGCAGAUGAUCAAAGAGGAAAUGAAACAAUUCAAAGAGCUUCGUAGUGAAUUGGAAUCAGUUAAAGAUAGGAUAUCAUGCAUGAAAUCUGCCACACCUUGUACUCCCAUGAUUCAGACUGCUCUUUCUAUGCCUCCACUACCUCCUCCCCCUCCGCCCCCUCCACCGCCACUACCUCCAUCGGAGCCACUAGUUACUGCAAGUAAAUUGAAAAUAGCAAAAAAGACAACUACAAUGACGAGUGGUAAAGAAAAUUCUAGGCCAGUGAUUUCUUUGGACGACAUCUUGAAAGUCAAGCUGAAAAAAUGUACAGACCGUAAUUACCAAACUCCAGCAAAUCGACGAAGUACGCAACCUGUAGUGUCAUUGGAUAUGCUAAAACAAGUAAAACUUAGGCCAGCCUCAAGAAAUUCCAUACACUCGGAGACGUCAGACUGCACUCCAUCUUCUACGGAUUUGCCAACAAGCCCUCAUUCGAGUUUAUGCAGGUUAUUGAAAAAUGAUUGUCCGACAACAAGGUUGAAACGCUUACGUAGGGUUGGUGGUUUAAGUUGUGAUUCUGUUUACAGGCGAAAUAUGCUGGCAAAGAGAGAUCGAGCUGAUAGCUGAAAAAUGGUGGAAGUGAAUUUAACUAAUCAUAGUACCAGAAAAAAUUUGGAAUGUUCAUACAAAAGGGAUUUGGGAAGAAUCUGUAAUGUCUUUUAAUAAUAUAUAGUUAUACCCACAUGCA